CAAAACCAUGGUGCAUUAUAGCUGAGACGGUGGUUCAUGGCGGGUCCUUUUCUUCUUCGUUCUCUCUGGUCUUCCGUCAGAAAAUCCUUUUCCUCUUCUUCUUCUUCUUCUACUUCCACUUUCGCUCCCUCUCGCUUCUUCUCACGCGCCUUCGCCGCCGCUCCCGCCGCCGCCGCCUCCUCUGCCUCCGCCGCUGCUCCCGGCGGCUCACUCGACCCCAGCCGCCUCCGCAACGUGGCCGUGAUCGCUCAUGUCGACCACGGCAAGACCACCCUCAUGGAUCGCCUGCUCCGCCAGUGCGGCGCCGACAUCCCACAUGAGCGCGCCAUGGAUUCCAUCACCCUCGAACGCGAGCGCGGCAUCACCAUCGCUUCCAAGGUUACAUCUAUUCCGUGGAAAGAAAAUGAGCUUAACAUGGUUGAUACUCCUGGACAUGCUGAUUUUGGUGGUGAGGUUGAACGUGUUGUUGGUAUGGUUGAGGGAGCGAUUUUGGUUGUUGAUGCUGGUGAAGGUCCACUUGCGCAAACAAAAUUUGUUCUUGCAAAAGCCUUAAAGUAUGGGUUGCGUCCUAUUCUUCUUUUAAACAAAGUAGACAGGCCUUCAGUUACUGAGGAGACAUGUGAUGAAGUUGAGAGUCUGGUGUUUGAUCUAUUUGCCAACCUGGGUGCUACAGAGGAGCAACUAGACUUUCCAGUUCUUUAUGCUUCUGCUAAAGAAGGAUGGGCAUCCACCACCUUUACCAAGGAUCCUCCUGAUGAGGCCAAAAAUAUGUCAGAGUUGCUUGAUGCCAUUGUAACACAUGUCCCACCACCAAAUGCAAACAUUGAUGCACCUUUUCAAAUGCUGGUUUCAAUGAUGGAAAAAGACUUCUAUCUUGGUCGAAUUUUGACUGGGCGCAUAUAUUCUGGGGUUGUUCGUGUUGGUGACAGGGUUCAUGGACUACGCAAUAAAGAUUCUGGUCCUGAAAAGGUUGAAGAUGGAAAGGUGGUGAAACUGAUGAAAAAGAAGGGUACGAACAUGGUUCUUACUGAUUGUGCUGGAGCUGGUGAUAUAAUUUCAGUUGCUGGCUUGGCAAGUCCAUCAAUAGGCCAUACGGUGGCAACGGUGGAGGUUAUGUCUACAUUGCCCACAGUUGAAUUGGAUCCUCCAACAAUUUCCAUGACUUUUGGUGUCAAUGACUCCCCAUUGGCUGGUCGUGAUGGUACUCAUUUGACUGGGGGAAGAAUUGGUGACCGAUUGAUGGCUGAAGCUGAAACCAACCUUGCCAUAAAUGUGCUUCCAGGCUUAUCAGAAUCAUAUGAAGUUCAGGGAAGAGGAGAGCUACAGCUGGGUAUUUUAAUUGAGAACAUGAGACGCGAGGGAUUUGAGUUAUCUGUCUCUCCACCUAAAGUCAUGUAUAAAACUGAAAAUAGUCAGAAACUUGAGCCAAUAGAAGAAGUUACAAUUGAGGUAAAUGAGGAGCAUGUUGGCUUGGUAAUGGAGGCCUUGUCUCACAGGCGAGCUGAGGUUACUGACAUGGGUCCUGUCUCAGGAACGGUUGGACGAACUAGAUUGUGUUUGACUUGUCCAUCAAGGGGACUGGUUGGUUACAGGAGUGUGUUCAGCAGUGACACACGUGGAACUGGAUUCAUGCAUCGUGCUUUCCUGGAGUAUGAAAAAUUUCGAGGCCCUCUCGGCAAUGUUAGGAAAGGAGUACUGGUGUCAAUGGGUUAUGGUACAAUCACAGCUUAUGCAUUGUUGAGCUUAGAACCUCGUGGGACUCUUUUUGUAACUCCUGGAAUGGAGACAUAUGAUGGAAUGAUUGUUGGAGAACAUUCACGGGAUACGGAUCUUGAUGUCAAUCCAGUGAGAGCUAAAGAGCUUACAAAUGUGCGUGCUGCUUCCAAGGAUGAGAACGUGAAGCUAUCUCCGCCUCGCCUUAUGACGCUUGAAGAAGCUAUAGGGUAUGUAGCUUCGGAUGAGCUUAUUGAGACUGGGUUAGAGGAUAUAUGCAAUGCUGCUUGA